ACAGGCACACAGGGCGCCUGGAGCCUCCUGCUUGUUCAUGAGGAGCCGGUCUGAGGGGCGCUGGGAACAGAAUGCCAGCAGAGGCGGCUCCGAAUCUGUGCAAGGCUGUGUCUCUGGACCUCGGCUUUGCGCGCAGGGUGGCGGCAUGGAGUCCCUCUUCCCGGCCCCGUUCUGGGAGGUUCUCUACGGCAGCCCCCUGCAGGGCAACCUCUCCCUCCUGAGCCCCAACCACAGUCUGCUGCCCCCUCACCUGCUGCUCAACGCCAGCCACGGCGCCUUCCUGCCCCUCGGGCUCAAGGUCACCAUCGUGGGGCUCUACUUGGCAGUGUGUGUCGGGGGGCUGCUGGGCAACUGCCUCGUCAUGUACGUCAUCCUCAGACACACCAAGAUGAAGACGGCCACCAACAUUUACAUCUUCAACCUGGCCCUGGCGGACACUGCGGUGCUGCUGACGCUGCCCUUCCAGGGCACGGAUGUCCUCCUGGGCUUCUGGCCGUUCGGGAAUGCCCUGUGCAAGGCGGUCAUUGCCAUCGACUACUACAACAUGUUCACCAGCACCUUCACGCUGACUGCCAUGAGCGUGGACCGCUACGUGGCCAUUUGCCAUCCCAUCCGUGCCCUUGACGUCCGGACGUCCAGCAAGGCCCAGGCGGUCAAUGUGGCCAUCUGGGCCCUGGCCUCCAUCGUUGGCGUUCCUGUCGCCAUCAUGGGCUCGGCACAGGUUGAGGAUGAAGAGAUCGAGUGUCUGGUGGAGAUCCCUGCCCCACAGGACUACUGGGGCCCCGUGUUUGCUGUCUGCAUCUUCCUCUUUUCCUUCGUCAUCCCCGUGCUCAUCAUCUCUGUGUGCUACAGCCUGAUGGUCCGGCGGCUGCGCGGCGUCCGCCUGCUCUCAGGCUCCCGAGAGAAGGACCGGAACCUGCGGCGCAUCACGCGACUGGUGCUGGUGGUGGUGGCUGUGUUUGUGGGCUGCUGGACACCUGUCCAGGUCUUCGUGCUGGUCCAAGGGCUGGGUGUUCAGCCGGGCAGUGAGACUGCGGUGGCUGUCCUGCGUUUCUGCACUGCCCUCGGCUACGUCAACAGCUGCCUCAACCCCAUCCUCUACGCCUUCCUGGACGAGAACUUCAAGGCCUGCUUCCGCAAGUUCUGCUGUGCGCCCACCCGGCGCCGGGAGAUGCAGGUGUCGGACCGUGUGCGCAGCAUUGCCAAGGACGUGGCUCUUGCCUGCAAGACCUCCGAGACGGUGCCGCGACCUGCAUGACUAGGCGUGGACCUGCCCAUGGCGCCUGUCAGCCCGCAGAGCCCAUCGACCCCCAACACGGAGCUCACCCAGGUCACUGCUCUCUAGGCUGACAUGCAACUAACGGGGCACCACCGGCCUCCACGGGCUGCCCGUGGCUUUGAAGGGUCUGGUGACAUCAUGGGACAGGUCAGAGUGUUCGUGCUGCCCCCGAGGCCCUGGUCACACUAAAGCUGCCCCCUAGUGCAGUGUGCGAUGGGGGUGCGAGGACGCCCCAGUGCACGUGCUCGCCAGAGCCCCACCGGUGCCCAGGCUUCGGGGACUCUUCUGGCCCCUCUCCUGAUGCACCCUGCUCCUGUGGAGAUGGGCACGCACCUGCAGGUGUGCCAGCGGCUGUACAGCCCCCUGGGCCGUCACACUGCGUGCCGUCUGCAUGGACUCUUUCGGCGUCUCCUCAGGGAGCUGGAUGAGCUGGCGCUGCCUGGAGAGCCCAGCGGGCACCCUGGGCAGAGGGACUCGCUCUGAGUGGGCUCCCUUCAGAGGCUUCUCAGCGAGCCCAUUCCUUCCACAGACACGAUGAGCCCUCUCGCCCAGAGGUGGUGUGUUCAUGGGGGUUGCAUGGCUGCCGCAGGCCACUCCGUC